GACGUACGCUGAACGGGCAGCCGUUGCUGGAGUUUCCAAUGUCCAGUGGGGAACCAGCGCUGGAGCCGCUGAGAAUCAAAAGAGCAACCCUUUGGACGAGAGUCGAGUUCAGGCAUGCCCAUCAUUAUCAACAUUAUCGCCAGAGUCAAACGAACCAGAGGAAUAUUACUCUCUGGGUAUUUCGAGUACGCUGCGGCAACACGACGCACUUGCGUGGAAAGGAGCUAGGCCAACACUUGGAAAUGGUCACGUCCCUUGGUGUAAACGUUGGACAACUCGGUUGGCUCAAGUUCGACGUCACCAAGGUUGUGAAUAGUUGGUACACGACGAAUCGUGAUGCCGCCAGGGAUAAACUGACGUUGCUCGUCGACUGUACCGGAUGCGGCUCGCACGUCUACGUAUCAACGUUUGACGGACACUCGCCGCACGUAAUCGAGUCGUCAUUGAACGCAAAAGGUACUCAAGAUCCAGACAGACCUUUUCUAGUAGUCCGCACGGAUCCCGCGGCUGUGAAACGGGUUAGGAGACGAGCGAUCGAGUGCAGCGGUGCUAUAAAGGGUCAAUGCUGCAAGCAACGAUUUUACGUGAACUUUUCUCAACUCGGUUGGGACGACUGGAUAAUUGCUCCCCAAGGGUACUACGCGAAUUACUGCAGGGGAGAUUGCGCGGCCGGGCACAGAACACCGGACACUUUCCUCAAUUACUACACCCACGUGAUCGAGGAGUAUCGGAAGAUGGAUCGACUGGCUGGUAUGCAGCCUUGCUGCGCUCCUCUCAAGUUCUCGCCAAUGUCGUUGAUCUACUACGGUCCUGACUCCAACAUCAUCAAGCGAGAUCUACCGAAGAUGGUAGUGGACGAAUGCGGCUGUCCUUAAACGUUGCUCCUCCGCUCCGUACUUG